CUACUUAUGCAUAUCAUUGUCGUUAUCUAUGUUGAAAUGGUGCACGUCAUUGUUAAAUGAUAACGCUGAACGGCAAUGAGGGGGUCUUCAUUCGCUUAUCGCGUAGUUAUCGUAAAGUCGUCGUAAAGGUAGAAGCUUAUUGUUUUUCAAUUUUUAAUGUUGCAACGCUGCUGUGACGAAACUGUGACUGUAAAACUGCCUGAAUAAUUCUAUUUACAAUUAGAGCUGCAGUUCCACAAACGCGAGCACCCUUCGGUACGAUGCGCCGCGCGAUCGUCGAAUCGCAUCGAGAGUGACAAUCGUGAGUUUUUAAAUAUAUUGAUCGACAUAUAAGGUACGCGACCGAGUGACAAAUAUAUUUCUCGUUCGCGAUCUCGCGUCACUAUCUGAUCCUGGUAUGCAUUCACCACGAUUUACUUUAUAUCUUAGUCCAAUAUAAAAUCAUUUUCCAGUAUUUCUUGUCGCUCGCAAGCGAUUUGCAUGCGUUGUGUAACCUGCAGGAAUUCAAUGCAUCAAGGAAUUGAUUUGGACUCCUCACUGGGCAUCUUGCACUGACAGCUAGAACAAACAUCGUACGGAACAGAGGCGUCUGGAUAAACGAUGGGUUGACACGAUCGAGUUUAGAUACUUUCGUUUGCGCUCAAGUGUUCCCCAUCUGUUACGCAACGUUAGUGCGACGUAAAACAAUGUAGAAACAUCUUGCUUCGAACGGUACACGAUGUUUCACAAAUCGAUAGGUUUGGUACACAAAAAUCCGAUUGCACAUCGACUAUUAAUAGAUAUAUUGCUCCGAUAAUUCAGUCGGCUCCUAACAAUAUAUCCCCACGUCAAGAAGAUACGAAUGAGAAUAUGAAAAGCGGCACUUUUCUUUAUAUAUCAGCUCGAGGAUCGUUUAUCAUCGUAAAUAAGUACUUGCGAUAAGCCAUGUAGAUUAAUAACGGCCGAAGGGAAAAUUUGACUCUCCAACUAUCUCAUAUCCAGGAUGUUUUUUUUGAUUCUGUUGGAUGCGGAUUGCUCCGGCCGCAUGCUGGCUACUAUCCUGGUCGCGUGGGUAACGACGGCGAUGAUAGCCUCGAUAUUACUGCAAUGGGAUCACAUGUGGAUCGUUUUGGUGGUACUGACGGUGCUCUUCUUCCUGGUUUGCGGAUACACCGUCUACACCGUUAAACGAACUCACGCGAGAAUUCUGAUCGAGCAACAAAGAGUGGCGAUUCGGACUAUCUCGGACAUUACUGCCAAUCGCAGACAGACGGGAUCUUCGACAAUAGCGGUGCACUCGACUCCAGAUUUACCGCCGUCUUAUGCGUCUGUGGUGGCCGUUCAGGGACCAUCGAUGUCUACCCAGACGUCAGUGACCAUCGGUCCACCUGAGGACAAAUUCGAGAAUCCUCCGCCGUAUUCCAUCGCGAUCGCUUCUAUAAAUGCGCAAGAACAAAACGUGGAAAUCUCGAGAGAACAGCCGCCCGCGUCCACGGAAAAGGACGAUGCUGCCGCUUCAACUACUCGCACAAGAAUUCGACGUAUUAUGGAUGCCCGAACGGUGUCCCGUUCGUCGCACGUGGAUGUCCACAAGAUGUACCGAAUAUGUUCCGAGAAUUGAAUUAAUCCUGCAGAAGACGUGGACGGGAUUGGCACUGAAAAAAAUGCCGAAAUGCGUACGAACGAAUAUUUUGACGAUCCGCGCUCAUAAUAUCGAUUGGGAAUAACCCGAAUCUAUAAUUCGGGAAUAAUUCGAAUCAUGAAAACGAUCGUUCGUAUCUUGAAUUGAGAUAUCGUCAACGAGAAGAGUUUCACCGAAGGAAAGCGACCGAUCAGAAUUCGUAUGUAUACGAUCGAACAAAAGCGCAUUUGCGGACAAAAGUAUUGCGACAUCUGUUUCGUUGAGAAAAUUUUAGUUGAAUAAGUUCCACUUUUUAUAUACGCAAUAUUUUAUCUCAGAUUUUAUGAUACACAAAAUCUUAAUUAAAUUUUUAUUCUUCUGAAUGUUCUUCUCAACACACAAGCGGAUUGUCUACAGUUAUACACACUUAUUAUAAUUUUUACAGCAAUCGUCCAAGUAUUACAAAGACUGAGACCGAGUACAAGCGGUUGAUCUCUUUUCAGUAUAUAACUCGUAAUAUUCGAAGACACUCAGACAGCACACGCGUUUUCUAUGAAACAUAUAUUACAAAGUCGUCAUUUUUAAGACGUCUUUAAAAUUUUACUGGAAGAUGCUCUCAAAAUUUUUUGACAAUCCAAACCAAUAGAUAUUAUACAUAUAUAGAUUUUAUGACAACGUAUGUACGAUUAACUUUAUGUGCAAGAUAAGCGUUACAAUGCAUGUAAUAUCUGUUGCUCUCCUUAUUGUAUGUAUGUAGUACUACGUCACAAAUUCAACUACAAAAUGAUAAACGAAUGGGCCACACGACUGUCGCGAGAAUAUACAAUUAAUUCUGCAUGUACGUGAUACGGAAACAAAUAACGUAUAAUAACAUGAAUUUUAUUAUUACUGAAAACUGAAAUAUUGAACAAUAAAAAACAAUUAACGAUAA